AAAACCAAAAUAAAAGAUGGCAAAAUCAAAUAUUGUUCUCCUCUCCAUACUUGUCGUCAUGGCGUCACUCUCUUCCUUACCAAUGCAGGGCUUGUCCUUAUUACUCCCCGGGAUCGAAAUUGGUCAAGUAAACAUCCGUGGUGACGUGACAUGCAGCCUUACAGGAGAUCCAAACGCACCACCUGUCUCCAAUGCCAAAGUACUCUUAGUAUGUGCCGGCUCAAGCACACCCCUUGCUCAGGCUUUAACCGAUACGAACGGUACGUUUGUUUUCGUGCUAAACGCCUUAAAGGCGGUUUUGAUUCGCCCCGAUAUUUGCGGUGUCGUGGUUAAUCUUCCGGCUGGCACAUGCGAAUUAUAUCCACCGGACGGUAUACUCACAGCUUCAAUUAAUCUGUUCAAUGUUGUCAUCACGAACCUCUUAGCAAUCGUUUACUAUGUCACCGGUCCGUUUCUCGACUCGACUGUUUGAUGCGAUCGUCGCUUACUUAACAAUAUAUAGCUUAUAUAUAUAUGGAUAGGGAGAAAUAUGAGUGAUGCUAUAGAUAUAUUUGCUCAAUGCAUGUCUCAAAUAAGUAAUGAUAUAGCUACAUGACCCACUUGUUUUUAUUCCGUUCUUACUUGAUUGCAAUAACAUUAAUUUUAAACUGAAUAUAUUUUUAAAAAACCCAAAAAUAUA